UGUUCGUCAAGAUAUUAGGCAGCAGAAAAGGAAGAAAGAAAAUACAAGAAGUCAAGUUCAACAAGCUUUAAAAACGAUUGUUGAUCAAAAAGACGGAAUUUCUAAAGAAAAGGACGAGAACAUCUUUGUGUGCCAAGAAAAACUGCAGAAAAAACAGAAAAGCUGCUCUGCAGGAGAUGAGAAGAAGCGCUGUGACCAUCUCAAUCAGUUGGAUUGUACCAUUGAGGCCAUGAGUUCUGCUCACGAACACAUUUGCAGUGAGAUGAUCAACGUGGUGCACGACCUGACCAAUGACAUCACAGAAAAGGAGGACGUGCUCAACAGCCACAACCUUUCCGUCAAACAGAAGGUGGAAUUUGAUGAGGAUGAGCUGGUGGCAGAGCCGGAGAAGCUGGAGAGGAGUCAGGAUGAGAACCUCUUUGAGGAGGACGGAGACGUUUCUCAUCCGGUGUUGCUCGCUGCGUCAGCCUCGCAUCCUGCAAAGAUGGAAGAUGAGGAUGAAGAUGACUUGGAGUAUCUUCGACGCUGGGCGGAAGAAUCCUUGUUGGAGAAAAAUCUGAAUGGAACAGAGGACAGAGUCUUUUCUUCUCCUGUGUUGUCCACUUCAUUAUCGUCUCAUCCUGCGGAGUUGGAGGACGAUGAGGAUGAAGACGAGUUGGAGAAUCUUCGACGCUGGGUGGCAGAAUGUCUGUGAGCUCAGGAGAGAGAGAUAAACAGCAGUUACAUGUUCUUCUUCAUGAGGAAAUAAUUAGAAAUUAGACCAGUGUCACCAAAUUAAUUAACGACCACCUUAAAGUGUAGAAUCCAGUGUUCAGUUACUUCCUCAGUUAUCCACACCAAGUUUAAAAACAGGCUCACAUCUUUUAAUGCUGUCACGGCUC